UUCCCUCGCUGUUAACCCCGUGGUCCCGGAAGGAGGAGGUCCUUUCCAUUGCAGACGCAGCCAUGGCUCGCGGACCUAAGAAGCAUCUGAAGCGUGUUGCAGCUCCCAAGCACUGGAUGCUGGAUAAGCUGACGGGCGUCUUUGCUCCACGUCCAUCCACAGGUCCCCACAAGCUAAGAGAGUGCCUUCCCUUGAUCAUCUUCUUGAGGAACCGGCUAAAGUAUGCCCUUACCGGUGACGAAGUGAAGAAGAUCUGCAUGCAGCGCUUCAUCAAGAUUGAUGGCAAAGUCCGCACUGACAUCACAUACCCAGCUGGUUUCAUGGAUGUCAUCAGCAUCGAUAAGACUGGUGAGCACUUCCGUCUGGUAUAUGACACCAAGGGUCGUUUUGCGGUGCAUAGGAUCACAGCAGAAGAGGCCAAGUACAAGCUGUGCAAGGUGCGAAAGACCUGGGUGGGUACUAAAGGAAUUCCCCACCUGGUAACCCAUGAUGCUCGCACCAUUAGAUACCCUGACCCCCUUAUCAAGGUCAAUGACACAGUCCAGAUUGAUCUAGAAACUGGCAAAAUCACAGACUUCAUAAAGUUUGACACUGGUAACCUCUGCAUGGUGACUGGAGGUGCCAAUUUGGGUCGUAUUGGUGUCAUCACCAACAGAGAGAGACACCCUGGGUCAUUUGAUGUUGUACACGUGAAGGAUGCUAAUGGCAACAGUUUUGCCACCAGAUUGUCCAACAUUUUUGUCAUUGGCAAAGGUAACAAGCCUUGGAUCUCUUUGCCCCGUGGAAAGGGUAUCCGUCUGACCAUUGCCGAGGAGAGGGACAAGAGACUUGCAGCCAAGCAGAGCAGCGGCUGAACAAAAAACACCCUUUUCUUGAACUAAAUAAACAUCUUUAACAAUAA